AUGGAUAUUUUUUGGGCAGCUCCCCCGGUCUCCAGGACCCUGACAGCCCUUACGCUCGUUCAGUCUGCCUUAAUGCAUGGCAAAUUACUGUCGGCGGGCUAUGCCGUCUUCGCUCCGAGCUUGAUCUUUGCUUGGCCGCCGCAGAUCUAUCGACUGUUCACGCCGUUUUUACUAACUGGACCAAAGCUGGAAUUCGCCUUUGAUGUCUACUUCAUAUACAAAUACGGCAGUGCCAUGGAGAACAGCAUGGCUCCCGGCGAAUUCUUCAUCUAUCUGUUGUUUGUAGCUGUCAACCUGAUGAUCACCGCAGGCUGGUAUUUUGGGGCGGUCAUCUUCACCCAACCCAUGAUCAUGGCCUUCAUUUACAGCUACUCGCAACUGAACCGUGGACAAAGAACUCAUUUUAUGUUCGUUGACAUUCCUGUCGUUGCCCUGCCUUACGCAAUGCUCCUGAUCACCAUGGUCGUCCGCGGUUGGGAAGUCGCUUUGGUCGAAGCCAUGGGCAUCCCGACCGCUCAUCUAUACAACUUCCUCACGCACAUCUACCCCGUCUACGGCGGCGGUAGAAACUUCAUCACCGUCCCUGCCUUCGUGGAGAGGUAUUUCAAACGCGAGGAUGACAGAAACCGAUCGUAUGGAUGGGCUUCACAGGGGUCUAGGCCAUCUGAGGGUCCAUCAUCGGGCUCGACAUCUGGUUCAUCCUGGGGUUGGGCUUCUUCCAACUCUUGGAAGGGCAGAGGCGCUGGUCGAAGACUUGGCGGCUAA